UUUGAUUGGUGUCUAAAAUGAAUGGAAAAUUUUUCUUAAUUUAAAAAAAAAAAAAAAAAAAAGAUGACCGGCAGGGGGAAGCCCGGUGGGGAAAGCUGUUAGUGGCACCAGACAGGACACUCACACGAAAGAAAACAUCGUGACGUCAGAGACAGGGCAGCGUUCCUGGGAGGAGUUAGGGAGCUGGGUCACACGCUUUAGGGAGCCCAUUUGGCCCAGGUGACACGGCAGAGUCGCGGGUGGCUGGGCUGUGCAGAGAUGUACUUCUACUGGGCUGCCGACGCCCCGCAGCCUCAGCGCCUGGAGGCGGGAGAUGGCGGUGAGCUCUUGCAGGCAUCCAGUGGAGAGCGCCACUCCCUGCUACUGUUCAGCAACCACCGGGUGUACUCCUGUGGGGACAACAGCUUGGGCCAGCUGGGCCAGAAGAGAGAGCAGAAUACUGAACGGCCAGAACCAAUUCAGGCAUUGGAUUCUCUGCACGUUGACCUCGUGAGCUGUGGGAAGGAGCACUCCAUGGCUAUCUGCCACAAAGGAAGGGUCUUUGCAUGGGGAGCAGGUUCUGAAGGGCAGCUGGGGAUCGGAGAAUUUAAGAAAAUAAAUUUAACGCCUACGAAAAUAAAAACUCUGGCUGCCAUAAAAAUAAUCCAAGUUUCCUGUGGACACUACCACUCCUUGGCAUUAUCUGAAGAUGGCCAAGUGUUUUCAUGGGGAAAAAACAGUCAAGGUCAGCUGGGCCUGGGGAAGAAUUUCCAGUCCCAAACCAGCCCACAGAAGGUGAAGUACCUGGAGGGAAUCCCACUGGCUCAGGUGGCUGCAGGUGGCAACCACAGCUUUGCUCUCUCUCUCACGGGGACUUCAUUUGGCUGGGGAAGCAACAGUGUUGGGCAGCUGGCCCUCAGUGGGGAAAAAAUGGAAGCAGUGCAGAUCCACAAGCCUCAUUCAAUUGGUGCCCUGAAGAAUCUGGGUGUGAUUUAUAUUAGUUGUGGUUAUGAGCACACUGCAGUGCUUACCCAGGAUGGGCAAGUGUUUACAUUUGGAGGCAAUAACUCUGGGCAGCCACAGCACAGCCCCAGGAGUGAGAGAAGAGGCCCACAACUCGUGGAAGGAAUUGGUGGCCGCGUUUCUAAGAUAGAAUGUGGGAGUUAUCACACCAUGGCAUACGUCGACACCACUGGUCAGGUGGUAUCUUUAGGAUGUGGACCAAGUCCCACAAGCAACCCAACUCAUCAGGAGGUCCCAGCAGAGAACUCUGACAUCACCUGCCUGCUCUCUGCAGAAGACCUCAUGGAUGUUCAAGUCAAAGACAUUUUUGCUGGGGCACAUGCCAACUUUGUGGCAACUCACCAGGUGUCACAUACUAGGUCCACAAGUGUUUCCAUGAAAAUCCUGCCAGAAAUUAACCGAAUCAACCAGUCACUGGCACAGAAAUGGAUAGCAGUGAAAAGAAAUAAAGAGUGUGGAGAAGCUAAAAGAGAAAUUGAGAUGAUAUUUUCAUCUGCUGCUUGUUUGACUGCAAGUUUUUUGAAGAAAAGAGAUACUGGAGAGAAGAAUUUCAUUGAUGUGGACUUAAAUAUGGCAAGGAGUGUCUUCAAGAAGUUAACAGCAGUGAAAUGGAUUUCUUCCACGAUAGCCACAUGUCUUGAGGAUAAUCUGAUCAAAGCUCUUCCAUAUCAUUCUCUACAUCAAGAUGCUCUAUUGAUUUUUCUUUUGCUCCCGGAAUGUCUCAUGAUGCAGGAUCCUAAGAAGCGGAAGACCCUGACAGUUAAAUUUGCAAAGGGUAUUUAUGAAAUGAAUAAGAAAUCAUUAGCAUUCUUGAAAAAGUGUUGGACAUCUUUGGAAGUUUCUUUUCUCAAUACACUGGUCCAGAUGCUAAAGGAAGCUAUCAUCAUCAUCUCUCAACUGUGUGAUCCAGUUUCAAUCGAACAGCAUCAAUAUGAUCUUAAAGUUCUUUUAGAAAUGAUGAAACAUGUGCAUAAGGCUAACCAUCAACUUCCAGAAAGUACUUUCAUCAUAAAUGAGCUUUCUGCCAUCUUAGACAUCAUUAUAAAACAACGCAUACUGUUCUUCUUGUAUCACAAUCCGCCAUUUUUAGAAUGCCCCGAUCCUACUGUUUUCAAUGAUUUUCUAUUCAGCUUUGAUUUGCCAUCCAAAAUUAAGUUAAUGAAUUAUGAGUCCUCUGUAAAGCUGAUGUGUGAAGCCAGGGAAUCUGAAAGCAUGAGACCACCAUUCCUAAUACUGAGAGUCAAACGAAGUCACCUGGUUGAAGACACCAUGCGUCAGUUAGGACAAGCUGAAUCCUUUGACCUUAGGAAACCACUAACGGUCGAAUUUAUUCAAGAAAUUCGUGCUGAGAGUGGAGGGGUGAGUUCAGAGUUCUUCCACUGCAUAUUUGAAGAGAUGACAGACCCCAAGUAUGGAAUGUUCAUGUAUCCUGAAAAGAGUUCCAACAUGUGGUUUCCAGCCAAUCCUAAGAUUGAGAAGAAGAACUAUUACCUUUUUGGGAUCUUGUGUGGACUCUCCCUAUCCAAUUUAAAGGCUGUCAACCUUCCUUUCCCACUGGCUUUAUAUAAAAAACUUCUGAAACAAGAGCCGUCACUGGAAGAUUUAAAAGAACUCAGUUUUCCCUUGGGGAAGAGUUUGCAAGAAGUUCUAAAUUGUGAGGCUGGUGACACUGAAGAACUUCAUAUAAAUUUUUCCAUACACUGGGACCAAGAAGAUGUUGACUUAAUUCCAAAUGGGGUCUCUGUACCUGUGAACCAAACCAACAAGAAAGACUAUGUUUCUAAGUGUGUCGAUUACAUUUUUAACACCUCUGUAAAGACGAUUUAUGAGGAAUUUCAUAGAGGAUUUUACCAGGUGUGUCAUUGGGAUAUAAUUAGACGGUUACAGCCUGAAGAGCUAAUGACAGCAAUAAUUGGAAAUGCUACUUAUGACUGGACACAAUUUGAAAAUAAUUCACAGUAUGAAAAAGAAUAUCACAAAUCACAUCCAACUAUUCUACUCUUUUGGAAAGCUUUCCAUGGAUUAACUUUGGAUGAAAAGAAAAAAUUCCUCUUGUUUCUUACAGGACGUGAUAGACUUCAUGUAAAAGGCCUACAGUAUGACGGAAUAAAAUUUCGUUGUCCUCAAACUCUCAGUGAAAAGGAUAACCCAAGAUCAUUGACGUGUCACAGUAUUCUAGACCUGCCUAAAUAUUCUACCAUGAAAAGGAUGAAGGAAGCACUUCAGGUGGCAAUCAAUAAUAACAAGGGGUUUGUCUCAUGGGGAUGAUGCUGAAAUAAUCACCUCCCACCAUUAUAACCACCGGCGUCAGGAAUUAUGUCUUUGACUUUUGGGUUCUUCAGUUUUUCCUUAAUCUAAUUCAUACAAAAGGUUAAAGGAUUUUACUUAGAAUUAGUCAGACAGUUUUUGAGAUAGAGAAGUUAUAAAUUAAUGUUUUAGUGGAACAAAAUUCUGUAAAACAUUUGCUAUAUUCCUAAACUUGCUAUUAGAAUGUUUGUUUGGGUUGAAAUAUUUUUCUGAACAACAAUUAUCAUUGAAUAAUGUACUAAAUAUUUUAGAUAUUCAGUAUUGGUGCUAGAGAGAGAACUCAGUGGUAAAGAGCACUGGCUGCUCUUUCAGAGGUUUAAUUUCCAGCACCCACAUGGCUGCUCACAUCCCACCUGUAACUUCAAUCCUAGUAGAUCUAACACCCUCUUCUGGCCUCCAAGACACUGCAUGGAUAUGGUACACAGACAUACACACAGACAAAACACUCAUAGAUGUAAAUUAACAAUAAAUAAAUAGAUAAAUAAAUAAAUAAAAUAGUAUUUACUUAAAAUGUUAUUGUACUAAUAAUAAACUAUUGAUUUGAAAGAAUGUACAACUCUGAAAAAGUUAGCAAAAAUAUGCACUGCUUUCAAUAUGUUUUUGAGGGACAUAAAUGUAUAUUUUGUAUUAAGAAAUAUAUUUAGAGUUUUUGAUCUUAAUAAAUGCUAAAUAAUUUAUUUUCAAAAUCUAAGUGUUGAAGUUUAUGAUUCUUUGAACAUAUUUAUACAUAUACUUAGUACAGUGUUUCUGAAGUCAUUUUAAAUGUAGAUAAUGUUAUUUUGGUAAAAUACUGAGCCCAAUCAGGAACUCAUCAGAAAAUGUGAAGAAGUUGAGAUAUGUCUUAUUAUGAUGUUAUAGAGCAAAUUAAUGAAGCAAUCUAACUACUAUGGGAAAUGACCAAUAUGUCUUAUAUAGUGGUUUUACUUAAUGUUAAAAUGUAAACUACAUUAUACAGCUUUGAGAUGAUUUUAUAAACUUAUAUGGUUUGUCAUAAGAGUGGCAUAUAGGCUGUUGUGACAGGCCCUCAUCGUAAAAGUUCCUUUCCUGUAAGGAUAUUGUAUAGCACUUUAUCAGACUUCACAUGCAAGUUGUUCACUGUCUCCAAAGGAACCAAACAAAAUAAUAAAUGUAGAAGAUUAUAAGAUGAUUGUCAUCAACAGCAACAACAAAAACAAAUAUUUCACUGGAAGAGGGAACCAUCUUCAGUUAAUUCCCUGACUGCAGCAUUGUUCCAGUACCAGACAAAGAUGUUACGGAGAAAGAGAACCAUAGAAAUCUUAUGUAGACUGACACCAGAAUUCUUUGCUACAUUUUAAUGUACGCAGCACAUCCAAUAAAAAGUAGAAGGGAUAAUGCCUCGCAACCAAGUAGGAAUUAACCCAGAAAUGCAUUUAAGAAUCAACUCUAUCUCACCACAUUAAUAGGAAAGAAUGCGUGUGUAAUACCUCAGAAUUGUCAGAAAAGAACCUGGGUCAAAUUUAACAGCUAGUCAUGUAUGAGAAUGCAAACAAGGCCUAAAGGAGACUGCCAACUCGAUAAAACCUAAACACAGUUGACUUCUCAGUGGCAAAAGACUGAAUGCUUCCCAGUGCCAAGGAAAUGAAAAGGCUUAUCAUAUUCAUGUAACACUAUAUUCAGGGUAUGAAUCCAUAUUAUAAUGUGAAGAAAAUAAAAGACAUUAAUUCAAAAACAA